GAUUUUCAGUAUAAAUGUCGGUGCCCUUCGUGGAUUGUAUGAACAUGAACCUAGAUAUCUCCAUCAACGCGUUCCUACCGCCUUGCGAGAACAUUCUCUAUUAUAUUUGCAAGUAUGUCUAGUCACAGCGAAAAAGAACUUCUAGCGAAGAGGCUCAAAGGCCAAAAACUCGUUAUCCCAGACAUACGCCCGAUUUUCGCACAUUGGCCAUCCCGAGUGAACGAGAACUACCAAGAGGUAAAAGAAGAGGUUGACAAUCGGCUUGCUGCACAAUCUAUGAAGGAGGAAGCCCGCAGAGCAUUCAAUGAUAUGAACCCAGCUUUGCUGACAGCAUCAUGGUGGCCAACUACUCCGAAGGAUCACUAUCGAGUCCUAAUAGACUUAAUUAUCUGGUUCGCCUAUUGGGAUGAUCUCGUCGAGAAGCUCACCCCUGACCCGGAAGCUUCCGAAGGACUUCGUGGUGAUACAAAGGUUCUCGUACGCCAGUCGCUCGGCUUAGCAGGACCAGAGGAGAAAAUGGCCAUAACCAACCCUCUAAUUCUCGGGUUCAGGGGCAUCGGCGAGGAAGUAUGCAAGGUUUACGAUGAAGAGCAGCGAAGAACCGUGUUAGCCCACUUCGAAGAAUACAUUGAUUCGACGGUCCUUGAGGCAGAGGCGAACCGGAGCGACAAGUUGCCCAGCCUCAAGAGAUACUGGGAGGUGAGGAUAUUGACGAGUGGCAUGGGUGCAUUACUCGCCGUCACUGAGUUUGCUACUCAAGCCAAGUUACCCCCCAAAUUGGUCAACUCAGCGGUAUUUGAGACCCUUUGGGUGACCACUAUUAUCAUCAACUCGAUUGUAAAUGACUUGGUAUCAUUCAAGAAAGAGAUGAAAGCAGGGAGUGUGCUGAGCUCCAUUGCCAUACUCUACGCCCAAGUGGAUAACCUUGACGCGGCGGUGCAAAUGUCACUCGCCCACCUCAAAAUCCUCGUUGGCGAGUUUGAUCGCGCGGCCGACACGUUAUUAUCGAAGUUUCCUAUGGGCCCCGAUGAGGUCGAUUCCGUCUCGAAAGCCAUCGAUGCCCUUCGGAUGAUCAAUACCGGGAACUUGGAGUGGAGCUUACAGGCGAGGCGGUAUGGUGUCUGCGACUUCAUAACAGAUGCUGGACAGAUUGAGCUGGUUCUAUGAUUGUCAAGUAUUUCGUUAUCUGUUUGGUACCUGGAGUUCUGAGCAAAACUCAACCUGGUUUACUAAGCAUUAUUGCAGACCAACGCGUUUGAAUAGCUUAAGAAAUAUUAGAUGUUCGUUUUUUUCCCCUUACAUAGGUGUAUUCUUCAUGUCUUCACAACAUGUAGUUACCCAGGUAGAAUCAUGCUUUUAGUCUCC